CAAAGCAAGGCCGCAGAAGUCGGAACGAAGUCGGAACGUGCACUGCUCGUACAGUUGACUGUGACACGAGAAACUGUAAGGUUGUAAGAGGCAGCCGGAAAACGCGCGCGCCCACAACGCGAUACGGCAAUUACACAAUACUGUGCUACUUAUGGAACUUUUAUUUGCAUCCGAUAAUUUAGCAAGUGCAUAACCUAGUUAAAAUGCGCGCCGGUCUCAUUGUCUUCCUGCUGUUGCAUCUAAUUCUGCCGCUGCUCAGCUACGCCGACGCGGCGCGUAGCAUGAAUCGCCAGCAGUUGAAGACCAUCGAACGGUAUAUGGAUCCGAGCGCGGACCCCUGCGAUGACUACUACCAGUAUGCGUGUGGCAAUUGGCAGCAUGUGCACGCCGAUGCGGAGUAUUACGAAACGAUCGGUCUCAUCGACUACAAAGUGGAUCAGGAAUAUGCGCUGUUAUUGAAUAGUAUACGUCGGCGUCGACGUUUGCGGCAGGAACACGCCUUCGUGCGUAAGUUGCUCGACUACUACAAGUCCUGCCUGACAGUGUAUGAAUAUACACCGCAGUUGUAUCUCGAUUGGUUGCAGGAGCACGAGCAUUUGGCAUGGCCGACAGUUUUGCCGAGUCGUUCCGCGAAGCGACGUGGAAAAAUCCUUCGCUACGAUUGGCUGCAUAUGCUGGCUGUGCUGCGCAAAUAUGGCAUGAAUUCGGUUUUCAUCGAGGAGACGGUUAUACAGCGACGAGAUUAUGCGCGUGCUUCGGCUAUUGAUUUGGAUAAACCUGUGCUAAAUGGUGGCUUUCAGCCAAUGCCACAUAAGGGCUUCCUCUUGAUAAUGGAAUAUUUGGGUGUGACGAAUGAGGAACGUAAGAAUAAACUGUGGGAUGAUUUGCAUGAGUUCGAAACGAAGCUAAAGAGUUUGGAUUUUGUGGAGGACACAACGGAAGAAGGCCAAGAGAGCGCAGCAGCUCAGCGCGAAACUACAUUAGCAGAGCUGAAUAUGCCAUUUUUGACGCGCUAUUUGGAUAUCUUGCUAGAGAAGCCGGUGGAUCCUUACAUGAAACUGACCAUACAAAACCUGCCAUAUAUGCGCCUGCUGCUCACCGUGUUGGACGAGUAUGAGCCCGAGUUCAUUUGCCGCUAUUUGAUGCUGCGCUUUCUCUGGUAUCUGAAUAUCGAUGGACCGCGCAACUUUCUGAAAGGUGACUGCGUUUCACAUACACGCAGUAUGAUGCCGCUGGCGAUGACCUGGCUCUACGAACGUCACAAUCCCGAACUCAUCGAUGAAAAGUCACACAUUGAAGCGCUUUUUCAAAAGUUAUUGCAACAUUUUACACAAACACUGCACAGCAACGCCAAUAGAUUUGAUGGACACAUCUUACGUUUCUUGCAGGACAAAAUCGAUACGAUGCGCAUUAAGGUCGGCAACCUGCCACGCCCGGCCACUAGUCGGUUAGUCGAGGAGUUUUACGCUGACCUGCAAAUCGAAGCAAAUGACUUCUAUGGCAAUCAUUUGCGCCUACUGCAACACUACACACGCGCCAAGCAUAACCGCUUAAAUGUGCUGCUUGCACAGGAUGACUCCUUCUUUCACCUCGAGGAUCCCGAAACGGGCGCCAGCUCUUCUCCGUACUAUCUGCUGCGUUCAAAUGUGGUUAUUGUGCCGUUGACGCUGCUACACACGCCCAUUUAUCAUCCACAAAUGCACGAGAUCUUCAAAUACAGUUCGUUGGGUUUCCUUUUGUCGCACGAGAUCACGCACGGCUUCGAUGACAGCGGCGUUGAGUUCGACAAGCGCGGCAAUAUGCGUGGUCCCUCCGAUCGCAUCAAAUCAAAUCACAGGUUCGAUUUGAACUUGAGCUGUUUGCGUUUACGAAAUCCACAAAUUGUCGAUGAAAAAAUAGCCGAUGUCAGCGGUCUGCGCUGGGCGUACGAGGCGUACUUUCAGGGCAAUCAAAGCAAUCCUAACGCAAAUGCGCGUCCACUGCAUUUCACCAGCCUCUCACCGGAGCAUGUUUUCUUUCUCAAUUUCGCACAGUUCUUCUGCGGCUCUCCCGUCACCAGCUCGCGGGACCUAGAGUUCAGUGAGCAUGGCUCAGAUAAAGAGCGCGUCUUGGAUGCGCUAGCGAACUUCGCCGAGUUCGGACGCGUGUAUGACUGCCAAGUGGGCAGUCGCAUGCAUCCACCGCGAAAAUGCCAACUUUGGAGGUAGCAAAGGCACUAAGCGACGAAGCCAAGGAACUUCCUUGUAGGCUUGUGUAUUAAAACUUAAUUUUUGUAUAUACUGAAAGUUGUGUUAGUUACUAUUGAAAUUAGCAAACCUAAAGUUAAGGUGUAAAUAAAAAUGUAUAUAAAAUAAUUAAAUUUAAAUAUAACUAAAACUUAAAUUAAGUAAUUAAAUGUGCUGGAUCAGACGGAACCCUCGUAAUAAUAUGCGCGUGUGUGUUGUUCAACAUGUUGUCAUUGCAAAAUGAUAAUAUAAAGUUAUAUGUAUAAUAUAAUAUAUAGAAAUCAUAUGAAUAAGCGGUUACAACUAUACGCUAUAAAUAAACAAAAGCUUUGUUUAAUCAAAUAACGUAAU